GCCCUGCUGGCCCCUGUAGCCGCAGGGGUGUCCUGCUGUCCCGGCUUCCUACUCGGCGCUCCCACGCCUACCGACCUGGGCUUUUUCCUUCUACGUCAGCCGCGGGACCCUGGAGAUGGCGGCUCAGAAGAUAAAUGAGGGGCUGGAGCACAUCGCCAAAGCUGAGAAAUACCUGAAAACUGGUUUAUUAAAGUGGAAGCCAGAUUAUGACAGUGCUGCUUCUGAAUAUGGAAAAGCAGCUCUUGCUUUUAAAAAUGCCAAACAGUUUGACCAAGCAAAAGAUGCCUGCCUACGAGAAGCUGUGGCCCAUGAGAAUAACAGGGCUCUUUUUCAUGCUGCCAAAGCUUAUGAGCAAGCUGGCAUGAUGUUGAAGGAGAUGCAGCAACUCCCACAGGCUGUCCAGCUGAUUGAAAAAGCCAGCAUGAUGUAUCUGGAAAAUGGCACCCCCGACACAGCAGCCAUGGCCUUGGAGCGAGCUGGAAAGCUUAUAGAAAAUGUAAAUCCAGAAAAGGCUGUACAGUUAUACCAACAGACAGCUAAUGUGUUUGAAAAUGAGGAACGUUUACGACAGGCAGUUGAGUUACUAGGAAAAGCCUCCAGACUGCUAGUACGAGGACGCAGGUUUGAUGAGGCGGCACUCUCUAUUCAGAAAGAAAAAAAUAUUUAUAAGGAAAUUGAGAAUUAUCCAACUUGUUAUAAGAAAACAAUUGCUCAAGUCUUAGUUCACCUUCACAGAAAUGACUACGUGGCUGCAGAAAGAUGCGUCAGGGAGAGCUACAGCAUUCCAGGGUUCAAUGGGAGUGAAGAUUGUGCUGCACUGGAACAGCUGCUUGAGGGAUAUGACCAGCAAGACCAAGAUCAAGUGUCAGAGGUCUGCAACUCGCCCCUCUUCAAGUACAUGGACAAUGAUUACGCUAAGCUGGGCCUGAGUUUGGUGGUCCCAGGAGGAGGAAUCAAGAAGAAAGCUGCAGCAGCACCGGAGGCCAAGCCCGAAGGCACCACUGCUCCCGCUGCCACCGAGGAGGAAGAUGAAUAUGCGGGAGGGCUGUGCUAGGCUUUGCCGAAGGGAAACAUCCUCAUAUGCCAUUCAUGGACUUGGCACUUGUCUAAGGGUACCCACAUUUCAUUGCAGUCAUGGCUUUGAAUGCUAAUAAAGGUAAAUUUUGUUUACCACUUCCUCAACUCACCCAUUGUACCUGCUACCUGUGAAGCACUUUUUUCUUUCUCAAUACACCGGAAGGAAUUAACAGGAAAAAGUAGUGUCAUUUUAAUAGUUGAUUUUAAAGUUUGCAAGCCAAAUUCUAAGACAAAUUAUGUUCUAAGCAAAACAAAAGAGCCAAUAGGCAUAGAUAUUUUUUUUCUUGUAAUUUAUUGUUAGAGAAUUUUCUUUGCAUUUUUUAAAACAAUUGCUGCUAAAAUUUAAGUUUACUCGUUAAACAAAAUAUUUUAAACAUUUGUUUUGUUAUAUUUUGAAAAGGAAAUUUAUCCCCCGUAAUAUUAGCUACAUUUAAAUUAAAUCUUUUUAGAUGAGAGAUUGGAAAAGGAAAUUUAUCCCCCGUAAUAUUAGCUACAUUUAAAUUAAAUCUUUUUAGAUGAGAGAUUGGAACAGGAAGCUGUUUUGAUCUUUACGAUAUUAUUUAGCCCAAUAAAGGAUGCAUUUAAAGUCUUUUAUGUAAGUUUGAAAAUUCUUAAAGUAGCAUAUGGAAGUAAUUCUGUAAAUGUCUUCAGUUCCCUGUGAAAUAUGGGUAUUUGUCCCAUCAAAAAACCCACAUAGUGACUGUCUCCAAACCCACUUGAUUCUUGACUAAAUGAGAACUAACCUGGACCUUUUUAUGCAUCCUAACAAAGAAAUAAUGUUUCUAUCAAUUUAUAUAUAUUUAUUUUUCUCUCCAAAAUAAUUUGAUUUACUUAGGGUUAUAACAGGACGGUAACAUGACAUGGGAAAUAUUGUAUACCACAUUUAUCUGAAAUGGGAGAGUCGUUUUUGGGAAUAGACUACGCAUAGCACAUUAAAAGUACUGUGCUGCCAAUAUUUUGAUGUUUCCUGAAAGGUUAUUUUGAAGCAUUCCUCUUUCAGCCUGUGUGGCUUAGAUUCAUCUCCCAACCUAUUAAUUUGAAAGGGGCUCCAAACACCAGCAGUGUGCAUUCUGCAGGCAGAUGCUACCCAGAGUGGUUUCCUCUUCAUUCACGCCCUGUCUCUCUGCAUAGAGUCCUAGCUGAUGCAGGUGCAGUCUGCUUAGCUUUGCUGGACUUCCGCAAACACUAAGGUAGAUUAUCAUGGGUGGUUUUAGUCACGGUUGGUUCUGUGGGAGAGCUUACACAGUAUAACCUCCUUAUUUGUGUGCUUGGGGUGGGUGGAUGUUUGGAUAGAAAUCUUUAUUGAAGGUCUGAUUCAAAACACUAAUAAAUUUGAUGUUUUGUUUCCUUAAGUUGCUUGCAUAGUUUAGCAGAUAUCAGCUAAUUUUCAGUAAUGGUUUGGAUAUCAACUUUGAGCGACCUCAGUAAAACUAUAUUUAGGUAGUUUAAUUUAAUGAUAAUAUUUCAAAUAUCCUAUCAUUGCUGUUGUACCCUUUAGAUCCAUUGAGAAGCUUCCAGAAUCUUACAUUAAUACUCAUUUGAGCUAAUUAGCAAUCUGUGUAAACAGACCUGGCAGUGCUUAAAAGAUAUUUCACACCAUUUGUUUAUAGACCAUAUUAUCCAUUACAGCCUUGGAAAAUUUUGUUUACUUUUACUCUUUUCUUACAUAGUAAGCAGAAUGAGAAUGAUUCAAUGCAUUCUGUAGCAGCAAUGCAAGUGAGUCUUAAACAACAUAAAAGGUUUACAUAAGCACAACCUCUCACCACCCUCCCUGCCCACAUUUAAGAACUAAGAACCAUAAGGAUUUGUGGAUUUCAGGUGUCCAGUAAAAAGCAUUGCUUCCACAUUUAUGCAUUUAGUUUUUCCACCUAUAUAAGUCUUUAUUUUCAGAGGAUAGAGUGGAAAACUUGUGUUUACAAAAGGAAAAAUUGUUUUCUAGAACUCAUGUCAUUACUUUUACCGAAGUGGAAGUCUGCAUGAACAUGCUCAGAAUCUAAUAUUCAAUGUUUUGUUAUAGUGUAAGUGCAGCCAGCCUGCAAAAUAUAUUUAAUAUAUUGAAUUUAUUUGUAUAUAUGCAGAGUAUUUGUGCUUUAUUCCUAUUUUUUCCAGCUCUUUGAUGAGUAGGAUAUUAAAUGUGUUGUUAUGGAAAUGCAGAUUAUUGCUUCAAUGAUAAGAUAAUUAUGAAAAUAAAAUCUGAAACUAUAUAAAUAUGA